GUCCUUCUGUAGAGGGCCAGGCCCGACCUGAUGACAGCUGGUGCCCUCCGAGGGUGGUCGCCCGGGCGACUCGGGGGGCGACAGGUCGAGGUAGCGGCCCGCGCGCCCCCGGCACGCGUCGGAGAGCUCGGACAGGGUGCAAGCGUGAAGCGGCUCGUGAGGGCGGGCAGCGCCAGGGCCAGGGCCGCCGCGGUCCUCGGGCCGAUCGUGCACGAUGAUGACGUCGCCGGCCUGCGCCUUGCGGACCAGGAGCCAGGCGAUGAGCCGCGGGGAGGAGCACUGCAGCGGGGGCAGAUCCACGGCGUCGUGCGGGAGGGGCCGGCGGCGCGCGCAGGGGUCGAGCGAGAGGUUGGCGACAGAACUGGCUUCCCCCAAACCUGAAACGUUCGUCGCGCCUGCACAGCAUGUGUAGACCGUUGGGUAGACCUACGACAACCCGACGUCUCCUUCGCAGGCCCGACGAGCAUGUUAGCAAUCGGGGUCGACUGCGCUGUGGUCGACCGUGCGUUCGUAGACCUGCGAAAGCCCGACGUGCCCUUCGCAGGUCCGACGAGCAUGCUGAAAGAUGGGGUCAAAUGCGCUCUGUGGUCGACCGCCACCUCGCCAGGGGGGGCGGCUCAGGCGGGGGAGGAGCAGGCCUUGCAUUAGGUCGAGCAUGUCCUCCUGCAGGCGGAUCUUUGAUGACAAAUCAAAGAUAGUCCACAUAAUAAUCAAGCAAUGCCCCAACAACUCAA